AUGAGUUUCUACUUCGCCAUCGUCGGCACAAAGGACAACCCGCUGUACGAAGCCGAGUUCGGCACGUCCAAGCAAGGCGGUGACGGGGUCGCACGCUUCCGCGAAGAGCAACGCCCAAUGAACCAGUUCAUCGUGCACUCCUCGCUCGACAUCAUCGAGGAGGUGCAGUGGGCCAGCAGCACCAUGUAUAUGAAGUGCGUCGACCGCUUCAACAACCUGUUUGUGUCGUGCUUUUUGACCGCUGGCAAUAUCAAGUUCCUCCUGCUGCACGACACAAAGGCCGACGACGCCAUCCGCCAGUUCUUCACGGACGCCUACGAGCUGUACGCAAAGACGCUCAUGAACCCGUUCUAUGAAGUCGACAUGCGCAUCGUGAGCUUGGUCUUUGAUGCGCGCAUCAGGAAUGCGGCGAGGAAGUAUCUGUAG